AUGAGCACAACAAAAGGGACACUAUACCUCCAGCGCCUUGAGCAGGCGCGGUGCAACGGGAACUGGGAUGAAAUCCCCGAGCUUGCCAGGAAGGUUCAAAAACAUGCACCCGGCCGAAAAUGUCUUGCCUUGACAGCAGCCACAGAAGCAAAGAUCCAUCAGCUACUUCCCCCACCAUUACCUCAUGAGUCGCCGUCAACAAUCGUCUCUUAUAUCGUUUCUUUGGACGCGCUGCAGGAUACGCUGCAGCAGGAGCUGGACCGAACUCCGGAGGCGGCGAUAAGGUUGCCAUCGCCUGCAGGAGGUGGGCCCAGCUCGACAGCCACGGCGGAUGACAUAGUGGAAGCGAGGGUGACGAUUGCCUGGGCCUGUAUGUUGAAGGGGGAAUGGGAGGAUGUGGUUAGGGUUAUCCCGGGGGUCCGGGAGGUGUCGGAGGAGUUUGUGGGCGUGGGGAAGGCGAAGGAUGGGUACAUUGAGAUUGCGAGGAUAAAGUCGCUGGUUUUACAAGGAAUCGCUCUAUCACAUACAAACCCCAAAGAUCUCUCGAUUCCACUACAGCUCUAUAAAACCGCAAUUCGCCAGGCAGCUACCCUUCCCACAGCGUUACGUGCUUCGCCGUCAACUACAGAGUGGACUGAGCGAGCACUCUCUCAUGCUGCACUCACGACAUAUCGAUGCUGGUUGGAAAAUAACUCUCCAGACAUUCCUUCACCUCCAGCAACUGUUUGUCAUAUUACCCCACGGAAGCAUGAGAAGCCCCGGGGCGAGUGGAAAACGGACUCAGAACAAGCGACACCAUCAUUGCCACCCACUAUGGAGGAUGCGGAAUCAAUACAUGCGGCGAUCGGGAAGUCACAGGUUGAUGAAGCAACUAUUUCGGGUGCAUUCAAAGCGUUUCACAGAUUUGUUUCCGAGCUCCCGCGACAGAAACAACCAACUCUCACAUCCCCUAGCCAGGGAAGCGACCCGCUCAAAGAUGCAGAAAGACGAGAAGUGUAUCGCCAUUACUUUCGGUUUCUUUCAGUGUUAUUAUUACCACCCACCCAUCCAGAUGCGCCUUAUCCCCGAAUACCCCCCAACGGCUCCGAAAACGCCUCUACGCUAUCCCUAGUUUCUCCUGCUCAACCCGCCGGCACCCCUUCUCAAGUCCGCAAUGAGUUGAAUUUAGUACAAAAUAUCUAUGAGGCCUACUUAUUGAACACACAUUCUUUCCCGGCUGCCGACACCUUUCAUCAACUCAUUGGCGAAUUCGUCGAUAUCGUCUGUGAAAACUGGCGGGUCGCUGGGGGAUCGGGUCUGGAUGCGGAGGUUGUCAGUGAGUGUCUAUACCGUGCCGCCACAAAGACGUUCCAUUCACCGCGAAUUCUGAGGCACUUGUUCUAUGUUCUCACGUCAAUGGGAAACUUGGCCGAUGCUGUUCUUUCACUCGAAACGUAUCUGGAUUUGAGCGAAAAUGCGGCUGAGAGAAUUGCAAAGGGGAAAAUUGAGAAGGAUAUUGAUUCUUCUGCUAUGGUUCUUACUACUGCGGCCGAUGGCAUAAGGAUGCUCACAAAAUACCUUGGUGAAGGUGCAAAGGCGUUGAAAAUUGCCGGAAGAUGUGAGAAGUGGACGCGCGAUUGGAAGGUCAAAGAUCCUUUGGUCCUUGGAAUUGUGUAUCGGGGUAUCGGAACUGCGAAUGCGGCGUGGGCGCGGCAGACGGUUAUGGGUGAGGAGAGGAGCGAGAUUCUUUUGUUCGCAAAGAAAGCUUUUGAGAAGAGCUUGAAAAGCGAUCCUGAAGAUAUGGAUGCUUAUUAUGGUAUCGCAACGGUUCAUGCCGACCUUGGCGAUACCACCGCUGCAAUAAAAAAUUUGCGGAAGGCUUUGAAACGAAUCGGAAAUACCAGAAGGGAGCGAGGGAGAAAAGCUGCUGUGGGCCAUGCCCUUUCAGUUCUGCUCUCUGCGCAGGAAGAGUUCGACGAGGCAGAAAAGAUAUGUACGAAGGCUUUGGUUCUUCUGUCCCCGUCUGACCCUACCACAUUAAGCGUGGACGAGAAAACGCUUGCGCUGGAGCUGCAGAUGACAAGAAUGGCACUUCUAGAAGCUACUUCAGGACCCUUAUCUGCUGUUGGGGGUGCUGAAACUCUAUUGACACUUUAUAACCGUCUUUUCCCACCACCUCUUGUUCCGCCGUCAUCCCAAUUCUCCCCGGAGCCUCCAUCGACUGCCAAAUCAAGCCGUAGACCCUCCACUGCUUCCCGCAUCAGCAGAAUAUUCACCAUGAAGCCCGCAUAUGAGAAGCAGUAUUCCAUCUCUGCGAAUGACCUUUCCACUACACCAGCACCACUUGGAUGCAUCCCUCCAACACGCCCUGGGACUGGCAGACCAGAUUCCAGCACAUCGCAGUCCGUUCGGGUCCGCCAGAGAUCUACAUAUCGCGGUGCGCCGCGAAUUCGGGUUACGGCAACCGAGCCGAUAGAAAGCAUACCACCAUCGUUGGCGGAGAUCCAAGCUGCGGAAAGAAGCCGCAAGGGUAGGAGGUACUCGGUGAGCGGUGGAACCAUAAGAAGGUCAAAAAGUGUCAAAAGCACAUACUCGGUAGUUGGGACAAGCGUAGAAGAUGAGAUUCCCCCGUUGCCUAGCAGCACUGAUAUCUCAUCGCCGGCAACACCGACGAGUAGCGGUGGGGACGAAAAGAAGGAGGGUGCGAUGUUCAGCGUGCUGAAGAGUAAGCUGCAGAGAGUUCAUAGUAAUGGCACCUUCUCUCCCAGCGGCAGCUUCACACCCAGCCGUAAUGGCACCAGUGGAACUUUCACCGGAAACGGCAGCGGGACGUUCACGCCUAAGACCACAGGAACUGCCACGCCAGUCUCUGUCUAUGACGAAAAGCCGCAAAAGAACCUCCCAAACAAUCUCCCCCGCUCCGCACUUCCAAACCCCAUUGCACCAGUCCCAGUCACAGAAACUCCUACUCCUACUCGUAACAUCUCCCGCCCCGUAUACCUACCCGAGCCCGUCCUCCAAGAAGCAGCAGAGCGCCGCCGCUCAGAAGACACACUCCGAACUGUCUGGCUCUUCAUGGCCGCCCUGUACCGCCGCUGCGGCUGGGUCAGCGACGCCCGGGACGCCGUCGAAGAGGCAGCCCUCAUCGAUACCCCCGCCUCCAGCGAUGCCCCCAAAGAAGGCGGCUUCGGCGCCCGCAUCGGCACAUGGGGCGGCUGGGGCGAGCUGCAAGGCGAAGGCGCUGUCAACGUGGAGCGGGCUCUACAAGCGCUCGAGAAUAAAGACUUAUUCAAUGCACAGCGCUACUUCGAGGCCGCGUUGGCGGCCGACAUAAACUGUCCUGGCGCGAUUGUUGGGCUCUCGCAGCUCCUGCUUGGACUCAUUCCGAGUGAAGAGGCGCCAGUGGGGAGGAAAGAGACGGUACCGCUGAAGUCGCUGAGGGAGCUGGAGGAGGAGGCGGUCAUGAGGGCGGCGAAACAGUCGCGGGCGGUGACGCUGCUGAGGGCGUGUACGGAGAGUCCGAGGGGGUGGGGGUGUUCUGAGGCGUGGUAUUGUUUGGCGGAGGCGCUGGAGAGGGAGGGGGAUGUGGAGGGGGCGAAGAGGGCGCUGUGGAGGGUGGUGGCGAUUGAGGAUGGGAGGGGCGUGAGGGAUGGGAGGGUGGAGGUGCUGUAA